GAUCAGUGCUUAACUUUCAUGUGCUUGUUUCGAUUCGUACUCAAACACCAAGCCUCAGCGGUACCACCACCAUGGCACACCGGCAACUUCCUUCGCAGUCCGCCGUCGUUGGUACUGAAGAGCAUGACCCGGAGGCCAUCGACGAACUAAUUUCUUCGCUUCCCAUAAGCAAAGGUCCGGUUCGUCCUGUCCAUAGCCUUUACCAAAACUUUUGGUGCCCGAUGCCCAUGCUUCCCAACGUGAUCGCGUUCCAGAGGCACUUCGAAGCCAAAGACAAGGACAUUUUCCUGGUCUCUAAUCCCAAAUCAGGAACCACCUGGCUAAAGGCCCUAGUGUUCUCCGUCGUUAACCGCUCUCACUUCGACAUCUCUAACACGCCCUUGCUCACUUCGAACCCCCAUGAAGUCGUUCCUUCCGUCGAGCUUAAGCUGUGGCCCGACCUCGACGACCCGGCGGAGCCACGGCUCCUAUCGACGCACAUCCCUUACCCAUCCUUGCCGGAGAGCGUCAAGCGGUCGGACUGCCGGAUCAUUUACAUCUGCCGGAACCCAUUGGACACCGUGGUUUCCUCCUGGCACUUCUUCCUCGAGACGGCGCGGUCGCAGGACCAGCCGGAGUGGUCCUUUGAAGAGCAUUUCGAGACCUUUUGCCAAGGGCAAAUCGUGUUCGGACCCUUUUGGGAUCACAUCACGAGGUACUGGAAAGAGAGCUUGGAGAGGCCACACAAGGUGUUGUUCCUCAUGUACGAGGACUUGAAGGAAGAUAUUGGAGGACAGCUGAAGAAGGUGGCCAAGUUUGUGGGGCUUCCCUUCACUCGGGAGGAAGAGGAGGGAGGUGUGAUAGAAGAGAUAGCCAAAUUGUGUAGCUUCAGGACCCUGAAGGAUCUGGAGGUCAACAAAUCCGGCAAAUUACCGGGGGCUACCGCGGAAAAGGGAAGCUUUUUUAGGAAGGGCGAGGUGGGUGAUUGGGUUAACUAUCUCACUCCUUCCAUGGUGGAUCGCCUCAACAGCAUCACGCUAGAGAAAAUCAGCCCCUUUGGGUUACAGUUUAAAACAUGUUGAGUGUUAAAUACUCACACUCUCUGUGUGUCGUUAGAAAUAAGCGAAAUGUAAUAGCCGAUCAACAGCGUAACCAAUCUGCUGCUGCAGAAGCUCCAUCAGCUGUGAGCAAUGUCACUUCGGCCUUUACUUCUCCGGCGCCAUCAAUGGAAGGGCGUCAUUUUCUUGUAAUUUGUUGUGAAAGCAAAGCUAGUUUUCUGGACUCUGGCAUGUUACUCGUGGACGUCAGAUCAAUCUAAUCGUUUCCACUCUUAUCAAACAAAA